AUGUUUGAUUCUUCGUUGAAAUCAAAGUACACAAGACAUAUUCCAUAUUUUGCUGGGUUAGAAGAGCUGGGCAUAGCGGGAAAGGGAGUUGCGCUGAAUCAUAACAUAAACGCAUGGAAAUAUAAUCGUCACUUUUUUUCACGAGCACUGCUUACACCGACGUUUACAAAAAACUCGGUUAUCUGGACACAAAACUUGGUCGAGGACUUGAUGAAGUUUUGGAAAGAAGCAUCUGAUGAUAAUGGUUGCCUUGAAACCGACAUUGUGGAAUGGGCUCGCCGAUUUACAACAGAUUCUACAACCCUUUUCACAACCGGAACAAGAAUACAUUCCAUGGAAGCACACUAUUACGAACUAAUGGCUUUACAUAAUAAGAAGAAACCAAAAAAAGCUUCGUAUAAUAAUAUAACCGAUGCUACUAAAUUUGUAAAUAGCAUUGAAACUUUUGUCGAAGGAGUCUAUUUUUUUAUGGUUGUUUCUCCGUGGCUUCGAAAAUGUUUGCCUUCUCUCAGUACUACAAGUAAACAUUAUUUAGAAAAUCGUGAUUGGUUGUUUAAUAACAUCGACAAACUUAUUAAGAGAAGAAGAAAAGAAAUUGAAUAUACUCCUCGGAAACAGCCGCUUAGAAUUGAUAUGUUGACUUGUAUGUUGACUACAAAUACCGAUCGUGAUAUUUGCGAAAUCAAGCCUAUUGAUAAAGAGCAUGCAAGACCUAUGACCAAUGAAGAAGUUCGUGGAAUUUUAUGGGAAGCAUAUGUUGCUGGGAUUGAUACUGCCAAUCUAUUUACAUUCAUCGUUUAUUACCUGGCAAAAUAUCCUGAUGUAUUAAAACGACUACGAGAUGAAUUAGAUGGAUUCUUUGAGAAACUGGGCGAUUGUCGGCUCGAUAUUGAAAAUCUAUCAGAAUUGGUUUACACAGAAGCAGUUAUAAAAGAAGUGGCUCGAAUUUUUGCACCUGCCCCUUAUACUGCACGCAAUAGCACCGCGGAAGACAUUCUGGAAGGUCACGUAUGGCCUGAAGGCACACAAUAUAUUAUAAAUAUACAGGCAUUGAAUUUAAAUGAAGAAUAUUGGGACAAACCUAAACAAUUCAACCCUGAUAGGUGGCUCGAUAACACAGAAAGUGAAAAAUUAAUGCCAUUUGUGGCGUUUGGUGGAGGUCGCAGAGUCUGUCCUGGCAGAAAGUUGGCAUUCAUACAGCUCAAGAGUAAGGUCGCGUUGAUUUACCACAAAUUGGAUAUCACGUUGAUUGAUAAAAAUGCACCCGUAAAAACCAAAUUUGUGCUUAUGAGAAGUUUUCAUGACUUGUUUGUUCAAAUUAAACCAAGAAAGGUUUAA